AAAAAACUACUUAAUUCAUCGUUCAGAUCUACUUUAUUUUAUUUUAUUUCAUGAUCAUGAUACUUAACAAUAUAUAGUUAGUUUCCCUCGUCCUCUCGAUUCAACAAUACAUUUUGGCACUUUUUAGGACUCCCGGAUCAGACUGCAGCAAUUGCCUUGGUCUUUCCUAUCGCCGACAUGCCUCUGUACUCGGAUAUCUCAGAGACUGGGAAAUGCACAGACUGCCCCAAACUGCGACAGACAGUGGCUUUAUUUCAAAUGAGACUAGCAGCAUUAGAAAAAUGCAAAGGACUCCUCCAGGAUACAGUGCCGAUGGGUGAGUUUGCUGAGCUAACUCAGACAAAUACACAAGAUGAUCAAAGCUACACUGUAUCCUUCCCUAAGCAGAGAGGCGGGCUGUGCAUGCGUCGGCCACCCGUGCACCCCUGAGCCCCGAGAUGCGUCCGGACGGACGGUUUGGACAGAGAUGGAACAUGAACCAGUCGCCACAGAGACGAGCUGCGCAUGCGUCUGCCACCGCCACCUCAAGCCAACAAGGGCCCAUCUCACAGAAAGCAGAUGAAUCAGCCACUCUGAUUAUAGGAGACUCAACCAUCAAGGAUAUAACCGAGGUCUGGCUUGGGAAACAUGAAACGCAGAAUGAAGACUUGCAGUUCGGAUGUCAAAGCAUCCAGUAAGGCCUCCACCGGGAGACGAAGGGAGAUCACAAACCGGAAACGACACAAGUCUGACAAGACUGACCCGACUUCCUGCAGCCAUAUCCCGGGGAUCCCUCUGUCGGACAAACUGUCCCUCAUCAGCUGUGAGUGCCAGCGGGCCCCCAACAGAACACGCUGCACCGCCUCACCCCUGCCUCAGGAGGAGCCGGAGGGCAAGGAGAACGAGGAGAGGAGGAGGGGGAGCGGCGGCUGCAGGGCGAGCUGUCUCCUGGAGAGCGGAGAGGACCAGGAGAUGGGUGGCGGGGAGGAUGACGUAGGCGGGGCUGGCGGUGGCGGCGCUGGGAGCCUCUUCCCCGAUGACGACAGCAACCAGAUUCUCCCCGUUGAACAGUUCUUUGGGAACCUGGAGGCCAUGCAGGACGGGCUUCCGACAGCGGCGUCAGGAACUGGGGCCUCGCUCCGGGCCCCGCGGGGGGAGAACCAGCAGCGGCGCCGGCGGCACUACUUCGCCCGGGUUGACAGCGAGGAGGAGGAGGAGGAGGAGGAGGAGGAGGAGGAGGAAGAGCAGCUAAGCGACGGAGACAUGCAGCUCAGCCACCCAGGGGACAGUUAGUUGUGGAGCCCGUACAUCCUCCACUCCGAACGGAAAUCUUUUGUUUGCCCGUGUAGGAGGGCUGUUGCAUCGUGGUAGUUAUAGCGUAUGUGCCAUAUUUAUAUUUCGUUAAGUGGAACCAUCUUUUGGACCUGAUGGGCCAUUAUUAUCAAUGUGGUUUUUAAAAAUAACUUUUAUAUCGUCAGAAAGGUGACUACAAUAUCAGGGUUUGGGUUGGUUCAACCAAAUGAUCAGCCCUUUUGUAAUCUUGUUUAAAAAGGAUCCAUGCAGCACUUAAUCCUAAAUAUAAGUCAACGAGUCCACUGCCAAGUACAUAUCAAACGGCCUUUUGUUUGUUAUCGCCUCAUCUCCUCAGAAAGUUGUUGCAAAUUUUUUUAGAAGCAGUGCGGCCAAGAGCUGUGAUCCUGAAGCGGUUGAGGCCUUUCGAUGGCCUGGUUGUUGUCCCUUGUAACGGUGACCCUAGUGAACGGCCACAGGUCCCAGAAGACCCUAACGUUGAAGCCAAUAAUCAACGCAUGCCACUUUCCAAUCCAUCCAUCCAUCACUGCGUUGGGGCAGCUCAAUGACGUUCACUGUGUGUAGUUCAACACUGAAUCACACGAUACCGGGGCCGGGGUGGUGGUGGGGGACCACCCUUUCAUGCAGUCCCGUAUUUAAAGACUUAUGUUGUAAAGUUUUAUGAUGCCCAAAACCCCCCCCCCCCCCCCCCAAUAAGAGAACAGGAACAUAUGUGCACACGCCGCAAACACCAAAGAACAUGCAAUACUAUAGUUAGGGAACCGACCACCGCCACCGUUACAAACAAAUGACGUUUUUAUUUUAGCAUGCCGCCUCUUGCUCAACUCUGCUCUGUGUUCCCCCGAGACGUCAGUGUCUCGCUCCGCUUAUAAUCCUUUAUUAAUGUGUGUCGUGGAUGCGAGCCUUUGCUCCGUCGGCGAGUUGCCAUCUAUGAGAGGGCAGACGUACCGGAGCACGCCUUCAUCAGCACUUACUUUGACUCGGUCCAGUCUGACUGGCUGGGUCUCGCUCGUGUGUGUCCUUCAUUCACCAGAUGUGAUCUGAUUGUGCAUUUUCAGGCCAUUUCAAAAGGUGUCCAUUAGAGAGCUCACAAGUAAUCACCCAGAUGUAUGAGAGAUAGGUUCAGGUGAUU